AUGUCCCGUCAUCGGAAUGUACGCAACGCAGUAUACGAUGAUUAUGAUGAUGAUGAUUAUCCGUACGGACAUUCGGUGGAGGAUGAGUGUAUCUCUCCAACCGAUGCCCAGCAAUGGAUCUACGACCGUGCCAAAGGUCAACAGAGUAUGUCCGAAUUUCUUGCCAACAAUCGCGACAUCGAAGAAGAAGAUGACGACGAACUGGCGGCGGAAAAUGUUCGCGAAGGUACCGCUCACAAGAGGCGCGACUCGGAGUGCUUCCAGAUGCCUGACCUGAACGACGAUGACCGUGCACGGUUGCUGUCGUGUAUGGAUGAAAUUCGUGACAUUGUCGGCGAAACGUGUAGCGACCGUCAGAUGGUGGAAGCAAUCAUGAAGCAUGAUUACGACUGUAGCAAAGCGCUGGACGAGAUACUGAACAGCAACAAGACACCGCCGGCGCUAGUCGCAAAAUCGGGCAGCAAACUAGCGGCUGAUACGAUGGAAAAAGGCAUUGGUGAACGAUUGCUGGAACGGUCGGAAAAGAAGCUUCAAACUCACAACGUACCGACCAUUAUCGCAACGCCUUCUGUCGACGCUCAGCAGCAUGUUCGGCCCGUGAGCGAUGUAGCGACGACCGUUGUAAUAACUCCGAGUCCAUCGGUGGCUAAAAAGACGCUCGCCUUCGAAGUGAACAGUCCCCGCGUACAAUCACCCUGUGUGUCCGGACGCAACACGCCCGAAAUAACUGACGAAACCCGACAGCAGCAACAAUUUCCGAGCAAGUCCACCCCGAAGGAACCGUCGAGAAACGCGAAGGAACUGUUCAGCAAGGAACGUGGCUCGAGGAAGGAUCACAUCCAUAUGGUGGUGAUUGGCCAUGUGGAUGCGGGCAAAAGUACGCUGAUGGGCCAUCUGUUGUAUGAUACUGGGAAUGUUUCGCAGCGCGUCAUGCACAAGCACGAGCAGGAAAGCAAAAAGUUGGGCAAGUCCAGCUUCAUGUAUGCCUGGGUGCUGGACGAAACGGGUGAGGAGCGAGAGCGAGGCAUUACGAUGGAUGUGGGAAGUACGCGAUUCGAAACCGCAACAAAAGAGAUAACGCUACUGGAUGCUCCUGGCCAUAAGGACUUCAUUCCGAACAUGAUAUCGGGAGCAAAUCAGGCAGAUGUGGCCUUGCUGGUGGUGGAUGCUACACGUGGAGAAUUUGAAACCGGUUUCGAGCAGGGUGGUCAAACGCGAGAGCACGCACUGCUGGUACGUUCGCUUGGCGUCAGUCAGCUCGGUGUGGUCGUCAAUAAGUUGGACACGGUCGGCUGGUCAAAGGAGAGAUUCGACGAGAUAGUGAACAAAUUGAAGGUGUUCCUUAAACAGGCUGGAUUCCGCGAUGCGGACGUUACCUAUGUUCCCUGCUCGGGGCUAACGGGAGAGAAUUUGGUUAAAGAUCCAACGGAUCUCGGGUUGACCCAGUGGUACGUUGGUCCGACACUUUUGAACGUAAUUGACACUUUCAAAACACCAGAACGCGCUAUCGAUAAACCGUUUCGUCUGUCGGUGGCGGAUAUAUUUAAAGGCACCGGAUCGGGAUUUUGUCUCUGCGGCCGCAUCGAGUCCGGUAUGGUGUGCGUAAAUGACAAAUUGUUGGUGUGUCCGACCAAGGAGCAGGCCGUGGUGAAGAACAUCACGAUCGAUGAAUUACCUCACCAGACGGCUUUUGCCGGUGAUCAAGUAUCGCUAACGCUGGCCAACGUCGACAUCAAUAACAUCUCGGUUGGGUACAUACUGUCCGAUAUUUAUCAUCCCAUCCCGUUAGCUACCCGGCUACUCGCACGUAUCGUUGUGUUUAACAUUAAAGUACCGAUUACGAGAGGAUAUCCGGUGCUGCUGCAUCAUCAGUCGCUUAUCGAACCGGCCACGAUUCGCAAACUGAAGGCACAACUGCACAAGGGUACGGGUGAGGUGAUUAAGCGCAAUCCACGCUGCUUGGGCAACAAUUCGUGCGCCUUGGUAGAGAUCGAAUUUCAGCGUCCGAUCGGCAUGGAGCGGUACGCGGACUUUAAGGAUCUGGGAAGAAUUAUGUUGCGCGUGGAGGGUGUUACGAUUGCUGCAGGGCUUGUAACGGAAAUUGUUAAGUGA